GCGUGAAGAAGGCUCGCAAGCGUGACUGGGACCAGACCAACCAGCCAGGUUUCACUGCUGUAGCAGCAGCAAGUCCGAACAGCCAAGUCUCGGCACGCCCUCCUCGACACUCAGCUAUGCACUUCCCCCGGCGACGUAGCAACGGCCCCGGCCUGGGCGCCGCCCCUCGCCGUCUCCUGGCGCUGGCUCUGGCCGCCUCCAGCGCGAGUGGUGCGCUCGCGUCCUGCAUACCGCGAGGCGAGCCCAAGAUAGGUGCCGUGGCGAGCGAGACGGACGUGUGCUCGCGUGUCGGCACCAAACUCCUCAGGCGCGGGGGCAACGCCGUCGACGCCGUGGUCGGCACCGUCGCCUGCGUUGGGACCAUCGGCAUGUACCACAGCGGCAUCGGCGGCGGCGGCUUCAUGCUGGUGCGUGCGCCCAACGGCACCCACGAGUUUGUCGACUUCCGGGAGACGGCGCCUGCUGCCGCUUUUGAAGACAUGUACAAGGACAACCCGAGCGGGAGUCAGCGUGGUGGCCUGGCAAGUGGUGUACCCGGCGAGCUCCGAGGCUUGGAAUAUGCCCACAAAAAAUACGGCAAAAUGUCCUGGCGUGACGUGCUGGCUCCAGCCAUCAAGCUGGCCCGCGACGGCUUCACCGUGAAUGCAGACCUGAUCAAGUACAUGGACAGCGUCGUCAGCGCCCCCGGCGCCGGCGGCUUCUUCGAGGAGGACCCCAACUGGGCCGAGGACUUUGCCCCAACCGGCCGCCGCGUCCGCCUGGGCGAGACCAUGACCCGGAAGCGGCUCGCCGGGACGCUCGAGACCAUCGCCGAGCACGGCGCCGGCGCCUUCUACACGGGCGCCAUCGCAAACGCCACCAUCGCCGCCCUGCGCGCCGCCAACGGGACCAUGACCCUGGCCGACCUGGCCAACUACACGGUCGCGGUCCGCGCGCCCUCCGAGAUCGAGUACCGCGGGUACAAGGUCCGCAGCUGCAGCGCGCCCUCGGGCGGCGUCGUCGCGCUCAGCACGCUCAACAUCCUGAAGGGCUACGCCGACUUUGGCGCGCCGCAAAAUGUCAACCGGUCGGCGCAGCACCUCAACGAGGCCAUGCGGUUCGCCUACGCCCAGCGCACCAAGCUCGGCGACCCGUCCUUCGUGCCGGGCCUGGACGCGUACCAGGCCGGCAUGCUGUCUGCCGCGACGGCGGCCGAGGUGCGCGGCAAGAUCAAGGACGAGCGAACCUUUGGGACCGAGUACUACGACCCGGACAGGCUCGAGUCGCUCGAGACGCCGGGCACGUCGCACAUCGCCACCGUCGACGCGAGCGGCAUGGCCGUAUCGCUGACCACGACCAUCAACCUCGUCUUUGGGUCCCGCCUGAUGGUGCCCGAGACGGGCGUCAUCAUGAACGACCAGAUGGACGACUUUAGCGUGCCCGGCCGCUCCAACGCCUUUGGCUACGCGCCCAGCCCCGCCAACUUUAUCCGGCCCGGCAAGCGGCCGCUGUCGUCCAUGUCGCCCGUCAUCGUCGAGGUCGAGGGCGAAAGCGGCAGGCGGCCGUACCUGGUGGUGGGCGCGGCCGGCGGGAGCCGCAUCAUCACGUCGACGGUGCAGAACGUGAUCCACGUGCUCGACGGCGGCAAGACGGUCGCGCAGGCCCUGGCCAUGCCCCGCCUCCACGACCAGCUCGUGCCCGCCGUCACCACGUUCGAGUGGGCGUACGACAACUCCACCGUGGCCUACCUGAAGGACCUGGGCCACAACGUGUCGUGGGUCGCGCCCGGGCAGAGCGUCGCGCAGGGCGUCAGAUGGCUGCUCAACGGCACGUUUGAGGCUGCCGGCGAGCCGAGGCUGAAGAGCUCGGGUGGCUACGCUGUUUGAUGUUGAUAGGUUGGAUUCUCGCCAUUUGAAGCGGUUUAAGGAUCUAGAGAGUCAGCUAGGUAUAUAUAUCUAGUAUGAGGAAAUGAUUGAUGAUUUUCAAACCAAGGACCCAAACAUUAGGCCUUCUAGCAUCAGCUGGUAGCUUGUUCAAGCCGUCGUGCUACUGUUUCCAUCG